CGCAUUCAGGACAUAUAGAGAAGAGGCGGGAGGACAAAGCAGAGGGAGAAUGAAAGCGCUGGACCGAUCGCGGGAGCCAAACGAGGCCGACGACGAGGGCGAGGAGUCGCCCGACGAGGAUUUCCGCGAGGAGGCCGAGGCCGAGAAUGACGCAGCUGAUGAGUCGGAUGGAGAGGGAGCAGGAGGCGCGGGCAAGGGCGAGGAGGAGGAGCUCGACGAGGGCGAGGCGGCGGAUCUGAAGCGCGAUCUCGGCGAGGAUCUCCGGGCUGGGAAGCGGAGGAAGAGGGGCGAGGGGGUAGGGGCGGGAGAUGAUGAUGAGAGCCAACGGGAGAAUGAUGGGAACAGCAAGCGGGGGAAACCAUCGCAGGAGUCCGAAGAAGCGUGGAAGUCGAUCAAGGAGGCGGCGGCUGAUGCUGACAAGGGAACAGUCUCAUCAAACGACCAAGAGGAGAUGGUCAAGGUCAUCAAGACGUACAAGUUUGCCGGGGAUGAGGUCCGCGAGGAGAAGCUCCUGCCUGCAUCUCAUCCCGAUGCCGUAGCCUAUCUCAAGAAGCAGGCCGACGGCGCCGGCCGACCUGCCUCUGUGCCAGCUCCUGCCACCGCGGCUUCGAGUAGCCCAGCAAUUGCUCGUGGUAGCGGCGGCCCUGCUCCGGGACCGAGGCGUAAAAAGGGAGGCGGCCUCGCUGCCAUGAGCGCCGCAGCCUCUGCCAAGCCGACCAAGAUCAACACGCUGGAAAAGUCAAAGAUGGACUGGGAUCGCUUCAAGAGCACGGCCGAUGCUGCUGCUGCCGAUGCCGCUGCCGCUGCCGAUGACGGCCUGACAGAGAGGGAGCGCGACGAGAUGGAGAGCCAGACAAAGGGCGGGUCCAGUGGCCUGGGAAGCAUGAAGGGCUACAUGGAGAGGCGAGGGUUCCUCGACCGGGUAGAGGAGCGCCUUCAGAACAAGGAUCGCUAGACGUGCUGUGCUGCCAUUGGCCUCUUGCUUUAUAUAUAUUCAUACACAACUCCAUCGACAAUCUUGUAUCACCAUCUCAAUUCAUACGCUGUCCCUGGCCAUGGCGCCUCGCCGUCUGGCCCGGCUGGCUUGACAAA